UCUGCCGCUGCAGGAGAGCUCAGAUGGGAAGAGGAUUUUGGAAAAAUGGUUCUCAAACUUCAGAGCCAGCACAAACCAACAUGACACCGAGCCGGCAGCUCGGCCACAGACUGAACUGUUGAAGGCUGCAGUGUCAACUAAACACGAUGCAGUCUUUGCCCAUGGAAGUGGGAAGCAGCAGCAGCAGCUCGGCCCCUGGUGACACUUCCAGCUCGGUGGUUCAGGUCUGCUUCCCCAGCGCUCAGACUUCAGUUCUAGACAGUCUAAACAGACAGAGAGAAGAAGGGCGGCUCUGUGACCUCUCCAUUCAUGUCCAGGGACAAGUGUUCAAAGCCCAUCGCUGUGUCCUGGCUGCCUCUUCACCUUAUUUCCACGACCAGGUACUACUGAAGAACAUGUCCACAGUCUCCAUCCCUGCUGUAAUGGACCCUCUGGCGUUUGAGAGCGUGCUGAGCUGCGCCUACACUGGUCGGCUCAGGAUGCUGCGCGAUGAUAUUGUCAACUACCUGACGGUGGGCAGCGUGCUGCAGAUGUGGCACAUUGUGGACAAAUGCACUGAACUGCUGAAGGAGGGCCGAGCAGGAGCAGGGAGCAGUGGAGGCGGCGGCUUGCAGGAUGGAGCAGGCGUCAGAGGAGGUGAAGGGUCAGCUAACCUCGGGUGCAGCAGCAGCAGCAAUGGUGACACUGAUGCAGGAGGAGGCAGUGGAACUGGAAGCAGUGGUGGAGUUGGCGCUGGUCAAGCCCAAGUGGUCGGGUCCAACGAGCCCCAGCGUGCCUCACAACCUCCCAGCCGGCCGUCCGUGAGUGAGAGCCAGUCGCCCAGCAGCACCAACUACUUCAGCCCCAGGGAUGGGAGCAGCUUCGGAGGGAGUGGUGCAGCCACCGCUGGAGCUUCAGUGGACGGAGGUGGGGCCAGCAACACCCCCAGCUACUGCACCCCGUCUGGAGGAGAGGAAGGAUUCCUUAUUGAGGAAGAGGAGGAGGAAGCAGAGGAGGAGGAAGAGGAGGUGUUGUACAACCAAAGGAAGAGGGGAAGAGGAAGCGGAAGUGCUAGGAGGAAGAAAAUGAGCUCAGUGUCGGAGCAGGAAGUCGGGGUCAGUGACAGCUUUGGAGUGUCAUCAUAUCAGGAUGGAGAGGAAACAGCGAUGCCACCUCAGAAGCGUCCCACAUACAGCCAGCCCAGCAUCAUGCCUCGUAAACAGUGGGUGGUUGUGAAGACCGAGCGGAUGGAGGAUGAUGACCUUAUUGUUGUGUCCGGAGAGGAAGGAGGAGAAGAUGAGGACGAUGAGGAUGAGAGGGAGAUGGAACUGGCCAGAGAGAGAGAGAGAAGUGACUUCAAUAUCUCCAAUGUAAGGAGUCUUUCAGCCGAGCUGGGAGGCCGAACGGAGAGCGACCUGGACUCGCAGGUUGACUACUGCCAGUCAUCAGAAGACUACCUCAAGUUUGAAAGCAGUUUGAUGGACCAGACUUUAGCUCAGCAUCUUCAUGACAGCGGAGCUGGUCAGAGCCAGAGUGCUAACCGUGCUGUUUCAGCACUACUGGGUCAGGUUCAGUCUGCAGCCUCUGCCCGCGCUCAGCUCUUCCCUCUGGACAUGCAGGGGAACCAGAUCCUCCUUUACAGCCAGGCCUCCAGUCUCUCUCUGGAUGCCACAGCCCCUCCUCUAGGGCUGACAGGAGGCAUGAUGGGAGGAGCCUCCUUCAAAGGACCCGGCCUAGAACACGGAGCUGUGCACCUGUCGGUGUCUGGAGGUUUGGGGGUGGAUGGUUUGGACAGCGGUGGGGUUGGAGGUGGAAGUGGGGGUGGGGGUGGAGCCAACAGCACUGGGGGGUCAGGGAAAGUGUUUAUGUGCCACUGUGGGAAGACCUUCACUCACAAGAGCAUGAGAGAUCGCCACAUCAACAUGCACCUGGACCUGCGGCCUUUCCACUGCCCAGUCUGUGCCAAGAAGUUCAAGAUGAAGCAUCACCUCACCGAGCACAUGAAGACGCACACAGGCCUCAAGCCGUACGACUGCCUCGGCUGCGGCAAGAAGUUCAUGUGGCGAGACAGCUUCAUGAGGCACCGUUCACACUGCGAGAGACGUAGCGGGCUGGGAGAGGGCAGCGAGGGCGGGAGCAGUGGAGAGGGAGGCAGGAGAGGAGGAGGUGGGGGUGAGGAGGGAGCAGAUAUGAUGUCCUCUCCUCAUUUGCUCCUGUCUGCAGGCGAUGCAGGAGGAGGAAGAGGAGGAGCGUCUGUUACGUCCCCUCAUCUCUCUGGCUCUGUUCUGUCACCACAGCACAGCGGCGUCUCAGCCGCAGGAAGUAACAGCAGUGUGAGCAACAAUAGCAGUGCUGCUCUGAGCAACAGCAUGACUGCUGCAGGGGCACUUCUCGGGGUCGUUUCAAGCCCGGGUCAGGGGUCAGGGGUGUUUGGUGGUUUGGGGCUGAGCCGAGGUGUGUGUGAUGAAGAUGUGUGUGAAGUUAGUGCCAAUGACAGCAGUGUGACUUAAACCAAAAAUGUGUAUUAUGUCCAACAGGAAGUUGUCAUAUUUGUGGUUCCUGAGGCUGAUUUCAUGUAGACUUGGAGCAAGUAAAGCACUUUUAAUGUCCAACACUCAUAUCAAGCAGUGAUAUUGUGAACCUUAUCAAGUCUUUGGAAAAAAGGCGAACUUUCUGACGGACACACAACCUGAAGAACCUGUAAGUGUUUAUAAAAAAUGCCGUUCUAAGAUUCCACAGUUGACUAUUGUGCCGUGAAGUAUGUGAAAUCGUGGUCAUUCUGACACCAUCUAUAAUUAUUCUUCAAUCCUCUUAACACUCAGACUUUGGGAGACCUGCCUCAAGAAAGUGGCCUCAUUUAAAUGGACCUUCACUCUCAGUGAGUAAUCUAUCAGUUUAAAUAUCAAAGAUGUUAUUACAGUUUGUUUUUUGGUUCUGUGAGAACGCCGUUUAUGUUGAGAGGAAACCAAAAACAAGACGAUUUUCCACUUACUCUUACCGUCUGUAUUAAUGUAAUAUCAGCAGAGUAGAGAUAAGGUUUUUCUAAUUACUGUGAUUUUCUGCAGUGUUGUGUCGUAAUAUUUCACUACAAUAAGAGUUAAAUGAAAAAGACUAAUCUGAAAGGGAAAUUUACUCUUAACGCAUAAAUUAAUGUAAGAAAGUAGAAACAAAAGUUUCUUUUAUUUACAUUGGUACAUAUUCACCUGUAUAACAAACCAUGAGCACUGCCAUGUUGACUUUUAUCAGACUACACAGCUGUUUGCUUGCAGACAAUUCUGUAUAACAAUAAAGGCACAAUAAUUUAUCCUCUUAAUAAGACACGUUGGAUAGAUUAAGACGUGUACGAAGGGACAUUUCCCUGACACCAACUUAACAAUCUUGACUUUUAGCUUCUUCUUUUUUUAGCUUAAAUACAAUUUUCAACCUAAAUGUUUGUUUUUUGAAAGGGAAAAAAACAAAAACAAGUUGUAUAAAGUCUCCUGUCCACUAUGUUCCUUUAUAAACAUUAAAACUAACGUUAAUUAUCCUGGUGAACUCUAAGAGCAGGAGGCGACUCAUCUUCUCGUGCGUUUGCUGAUUUCUUUCUUGCUGUUCUUAGUUCUCGUGCUUUGAGGAGUUUAUUAUGACUGUAAAUAUGUAGAGAUUAAUAUGUUGUAUGAACAAAUGAUAACUUGUUAUACUGAUGUGUUUGCUGCCAUAUGAUCAGCUUUAAUCAGUUGAUGAGAAGUUGUUCAGUUCAGGAUUUCCUGAUUAGAGUGUCUCUGUUAUCGUCCUGUUUAAUGAAGGAUAUUCAAACCUUAUUAUGCCAGAUGUGGUCUAAUAAGCUAUACAGUGUAUAGUGUGUUUACAAGCUUACCUCCUCUGAAACCAGUUAUGGACCUAAUUUAAAAAAGCCUCACUUUGCUGUAAUGUUUACACACAGAGAAGAUAUUUACUUUUAUUUUGCCAUGAAGUUCCAUUUUUUUUUAAUGGAGAAAAUCCUCCAGAUUAGAGUUGUCAUGAAACCAGAAACUGAACCUCUGUACGGUAGUAGAAAAGGUUAGCGAGGAGAUGAUACCACUUUUUUCAGACCAAGUACAAGUACUUACAUUUUUGUACUCCAUCUUCCUCACACUUCCUUUAGACAGUUGAUCAGUACAUAGUUUGUAGUCUGCUCUGCCUUUGUCAUCCUCAUCUAUGUUCAUCAAACUGCAGACAUGGCUUCAACUGCAACUACUUGCUGAAAUAAUUAGAGGAAAACAUCAUGCUGUUAAAUGACGCUGUCUGCAAUGUUUUAUGAGUACAAGUACUAAGGGUUGGUAUCUUCACUGAUAUAUACUGGGUAUUUGCAUAAGUACAUCCCAAAUAAAAAUCAAACAAUAUUGGAGCUGGCUUUGAUACAACAGCAACAAAACAUGAAGUCCAAUUUACCCAGUAUUCACAAAGCAAACUGCUGCGCGCUGCACAAAUUUGCUGCAAAGUUUCAGUAUUUAAAUGUUGCCAACAUAUUCAGUUUCAACAGUGCUCUAUCUUUGAGGCAGCUCUCAGUAAAAAAAAUGACUGAAAAUCUGACUUUUUUUCUUAAGUUAGGUACAUCCUCUUUUUUGGAUUGAAAGUUAAAACAAUGAUUUUAUCAUUUAAAAACUUGUGGUAUCAAAAAUUUUGCAAGUAUCAAAAAGUUCAAAUAUUUAAUUUCAUUUUUUUUUAAAUGUGUGGAGAUUUAUUAUUUAAAGAUUUAUUUUACUGCAGUCAUUUUUAAAAGCAUGGUAAAAUGGCAUGUUUGCAGAUCCAGACAUCUGUAGAUGUUUGAUUUCAGUUUUCAGUCUUUUUAAAAAUUGGAGUUGGUUGACAUUGACUAGCAGGGGUUUUGGUCCGACAUCUGUUCUUGUUUUGAUCCUGGAUGUUCAUACGAAGUUUAUGUAAAUAAGGUUCUUACUUAUGCUGAAGGCACUGGUUUAAAAAGCUCAAGAUUGUUUUUAUUUAAAUUCAAGCUUCAUAAAACUAAGGAUUGGUUAAAACAGUUUUUAACUGAGUUAAAUCUUUAAUUUCAGAUUGUUGCACAAAUCGAUAUAAAAUAGCAAUUCUUUUAGAUAAUAAUAUUUGGAACCAUAAAUGACUGAUAUCUUUCAGGAUAAGCUGAAUUACAGAUAAUCAUUCAGGAUGUGUAAUUCUUCAUUGCUCACUCAAGAUUAAAGAAAAAAGGGAACUUGAUCUUAAAUGGCCAGUGAAGACGCACACCAGUUUGUAUAGUUGUACCUCAAACUAUAACCUCAGAGUUUACUCACAGUAAGCAUAUUUUCUGUCUUAAACCCACUGUGGAUAAAAACUGUUCGUUCAGUGCUGUUUAUUUAUAAUGGGACUGUUGAAACCAAACAGUGAUAUGAGAGUUAUGAGAUACUUUUACAGACCAAAUGAAGCAUAGGAGGAUAUGACUGCAUAUUGUUAGUUAUUCCAACUCUCUACCUUGUGUUUUUUUUUUCUUUUAAACCUUUGGUUGUUUUUGUAGAGCAGGACAUUUUUGUCAUUUUGGUGGCAUUGUUUAAAAACAUGACAUUGUCAAAUAUGUUAAGGUGCCUUAAAGUAUUUGAAGUCAUUUGUGUCAUGCUAAUUACUUCUGUUACUAAAGAUUUAAUCACAUAGUGUGGUUUAUGCAGUCACAAAUAUACAUACUAUGAUUCCAGUUUGCAGAACACUGUGUUUUAUUUUUAUUCACAUUUUACACAACAGCCUACACAUGAGCCUUUUUAAGAAUGAUGGUUUGUUGAUAUUGAUGAUGAAGAAACACCUAUUAGUCUGGAGCAGCAGAAGUGACGUAAAUGUCGACGAUAACUCACAGAUGGUUAAGAAUGAGGAGUGAACACGGCUGAUAACAGUGAACUGCAGUUCUCUAGGCGGCUUACUCGCUGAGUCAGUUUUAUUUACAGAUACCUCUGAGGGGCUUACAGUGGAAAGUUAAAGGACCAGUUUGUAGGAUUUAUCAGGAUGCAUUCAAACAAUGAUAACAUGUUUGUUACUGUGCUGUUUUGAUCCACUCUGGCUGUACAUGGCAGGUAUUUGGCCCCUGAGAGCUUGAGCUAAAAAAGUGAGUGGUUAGAGCUAAAAGAUUUCCAACCUGGUUGGUUGGUUGUAGCUUUUGUUUCCAAAAUGACAGCAAACUUUAGAAACUUAAAUUGAUUUAAGGUGAGUUAAGAGACAAUGUUUUACAGUAGAAUGUUUUCUAAAAUUGCACAUUGAUCAAAGAUAUUUGUUGAUGGAAAUAAUUAAAACAGAAUUCUAAUCAGAUGAAGGAUAAUUGAAGUCAACAAGGACUGUUGUCUUGCAUACAGUUGGCGCGGGUAGUAAAUUCAACAGCAAGAUUAAGAAAUCCCAAACAUUUUAAGAAAUAAAAUUAGCUUAAAAGAAGCUCAAGAAAAGUGUAACUAUUCUAAAUUAAUUUUUAGAAAAAGGAAAAUUCAAGUUGAAAAAGGAACAGCUUGUCAAUAAAUGUACAGUAUGUUUUAAAAGAUGAUAUUCGAAAUAUAGAUUGAUAUCCCUUGAAACAUAAUAACCAUAUGUUUCGACGGUAGCCCAGAAUGGACAGUUUCUAUUCAGAGGUUGUUUUUGUUUUCUGAGUUUCAAACAAACCUUAAUGUAAUGAAACUGUAAAAGGAGUUAAAUGUGUCAUGGUACUCAACCUCACCACUAAAUACCACUGAAUGCCACAAGCUACUUCAUUAGACAACAGGAGGUUAAGACUUUUUUUUUUUUUUUUUUGCUUACAGAUUUUAUUUUUCUCCUUGUUAAUUCAUAUAAAUGUUCUUAGCACCGCUGUAAAUUAGAUGUACACGUUUUGCACCAGUGCAAAGAACAAAACUGAUAUUCAAACUUAGUACAGUCAGGAAAAAGCAUGAUCCUCUGUGAGAGAGAAGUACGGAGGAGUAUUAAGGAAAAAACAGGGAAUAGAUAAUGUUUUGUGCUUAAAGAAUAAAGUUGAAAUUUUGAGAAAAAGGUUGAAAAUUUGAACACAAAGUCAAACCUUAUAAGACCUUAACAAAUAGCAGAUCUUGACUGUCUAAAUGCCUUUAUUAAUGAACUUGUGCAACUACACUUCAGAAUUUAAUGGAACAACAAAUAAAUUCUUUCUCUUUAAGCUCAUGAACAGUGUGGUUGUCUAAAAUCUGCUGUUUGUGAUUAUGUAAGAAGGCUUUACUUAUUCUCGGUAUUUUGACUUUUCUCAACGUUUUGACUUUAUUUUGGAAGAACGCAGUGUUAUUUUUCCCUCACCCCUGGUCCUGAUGCUCUUCUGAAGAAGUCAUUUUUGUGAUAACUGUCAGAUUGACCAGCAGCCUUUGUGUUUAUGUUUCUAUGACUAGAGAGGUUUGCCCCUUUGUGGUCACUGCUGGUACUGUGAUUAAAAAAACUGCAAAUCAUCUGUGAUGUGAUUCAGAUAUAAGUUAUGGCAGUAUGAAGCUGUUUUUCACUUUUUUUUCGAAUCAAACUGUAUAUAAAACAUAUUUCAGUGUGCCGGUGAAACUGCAGAAUAGGACAUUUGUGGAGGAAGCAACCUGACACGUGACCUCUUGGACAUUUUGCAUGCCUUCAGAAAUGUUUUGACAUUUCCAGUCAAAGAAGCCAAUGUAGAAGUUGAAUGUCUUUACCUUCUGUGAAGGUUGAGUUUGGAUAUUUUUAUACGCAGGUCUGGAGUUUUUAAAGGACUGUUGGUUUUUGUACGUUUGGUUUUCUGUAAAGUUACACCUCCAGGUUUGCUCUGUGACUGCUCUAGAUGUGUUCGGGUCAUUUCAGCCACAUUUUCAUUUAAAACACUCAGAAAAAGAACAAGAAAACUGAUGAUUGUAAACACAGACCACGUGUGAAAUUCAAAAUUAUGUUGUUUUUUUAGGUGUAGAGUUAGACACAGCCAAAGUUAAAGACAACUUGAUUGAAUGUGAACAUUAUUUCCUUUAAAAUGAAGUGAAGAAAUAUUUGUGCUCUGAAUUGGGAACCGGUGUGAUUUGCAGGCAAGGGCAGAAUUAUAAUUUCACUUUUUUACAUCCAGUGUUUGAAGUUGUCACUAUUUUCUCCCACAGUCAGACACAUGCACAAUGUGAGGUUGUGUUGAACUGCUUGUAAAAAAUGUACAUUGUGCAAAAUUAAACACUAAUUUUAAUUAUUUGAAAAAUCAGUGAAACUUAAAUAAAAGGUCUUUUUUUCUUAAACUUAUGCCAAUUCCUAAAACAGUUCUCUAAAAUAAAGAAUAAGGCUGCUGUGCUUUAUUCUUGGAAUAUCAACAUCAAAUCUCCAAAUUAAGAAAUCCAUAAAGGUUUGCAAUCUGCACAUAUGACAAGAAAUUUAAAUAGUAUUACAAAGUUAAGAAAAUCCAUCCGAAACCAAAGAGAUAUUUUUAAUUUUAAUUUUUUCCUUAUGCCUUUAAGUGUCUUUUUAAAUGAUCAGACGUCAUGAUGGGUGGUCUGAAUGAGUGAAAGAAGAGCUCAACAUUCCUGUUACAAGAAUUAAGAGAAUGUAAGAAUGAAAGAAAAGAGCGAAAAGCUGCUGCUGAACUUGUAGAUUGAUGUAUUUUUAUUAUUUUUAUACAUUCCUCAGACGUUUCCAUGUUCUCUGAUGACCAGUUGAUUGUUGAAUAGAAAGGGACCGCCGUCUGUAGACAUUUAAUGUAAAUCCUGAGUGUUUAUAGUAAUGUAACA